AUGCUACAAAAUUCCUCUGACGUUUUAAACAAAUUACUUUGUUGGGCCAAAUCUAAUGGUGCCAAAAUCCAUCCAGAUAUAGAAUUCACAGUUACCACUGAUAAAGGGAUUUCUGCAUUCAAAAAGUAUUCAAAAGAAUUGGGUGCCUCAUAUGAUUAUCAAAUCGAAAUUCCUACCGAAAUUAUCAUUACUCCAGAGUCAUCCCGAGGCUUUUUCCAUGAGAAUUAUCCAGGAUUUUCAUCCAAAGUUGAUGAGGCCCAAUUGCGAUUCUGUAAUUCCAAUUCCAUCACAAAAUUGUUUCUCUCAUACUUAAAGUUCUCUGACUCUGAGACCAAUAGCUUUUAUCAGCCUUAUAUUGAUUCUUUGCCAAUUGGUUCAGUUAUUCCUGAUUCUCCAUUGUUAUGGUGCAUCAAGGAUAAAAAGCUCCUACAAGGUACCAACUUGGGAAAUUCCAUUGACUUAAAGUUGAUUGUUCUUAUUAAAGAAUGGUAUGAGCUAGUUAGCUUAUUGAUUGGAAAUUCCAACUUAGUGGAGAGCAAUGAAUUGGAAUUUUAUAAUGAGUAUUUUUUGAAUAAGGGCGAAGUGCUGCAAUUAUGCUAUGUUGCUCUUGAAAAAUUUCAUCAAAAAUUGGAAAAUAUCAGUAACGACAAUAAAAUAGAAAAGGGAAAGAUCUCAUGGUUGAGUUUUGAGGCAUACCUAUGGGCACACUUGAUGAUGACCUCCAGAUCAUUUCCUUAUCGUGUUAUCUCCGGUAAAGAGGAUAAUGACGAAGGUAUCUUGCUUCCUGUGGUAGAUUUGUUGAACCACAGUGUUUCUGAGAGAGUCGAAUGGAAACCAGUGGUUAACGCUGCGAAUAAACAACUCUUCUCUUUUAAAAAUGAUGGCUUUGAUACAUUGGCUGAUGGAGAAGAAUUGCUCAAUAAUUAUGGGUUGAAGAAUAACGAAGAAUUAUUACUCGGCUAUGGGUUUAUAAUUCCAGGUAAUAAAUACGAAACUUGCGCUUUGAAAUUGAAACUCCCAGCAGCCCAAAUAACCGGGUUCGCCAGUGAGUAUCCUGGUUUGAAGUUGCCUACCCCUGAGGAUUUCAGUAACAUAAGCUCAAAUUCACUUGCCAUCAAAGAAAACUCCAAAUUCGACGAUGGAUUGUUGUACUUCUUAUCCAAAGCUAACCCUAUCCCUGAAGAAUUGUUGCAAAUAUUUUGUCUUUUGGUGAAGAAUGACUAUGAUGAGACGUUUGACGAUGAACAUAACUCAGCUAAUGAUUCCACACCAAGAAUCACAACAAGAAUGAAAUUACAUGCCAUCAAUAACUUACAAGUAGCUAUUGAAAGCAAAUUUAAUGCUUUGAAAGAUAACAAUUUGACCAGCGCCACCACUCCUCGAGCUAAAAUUUGUUCUGAAUACCUCAAAUCUCAAGAAAAGAUUUUUAAUGGUUCUUUGAAGGCUUUGAAGUCUGAUUUGAAAACCACAAUAAAGGAAGUGGAAAAGGGUUCCAAGAUUCUCACCAUCAAAAAGAUCCUUAAUAGAGACAUUAAAUUCCAGGAGGCCUUGAUACAGUUAUUUAAUACAGAUAAGGAAGAACAACAAGAAGAUGCCGAAGAACAAGAAGAAGACAUCAUUGAUAGAUUGAUUCUGCCAGAGAGUUCAAUUGCCCAUGAUCCGGAAGAAAGCCACAUGUUAAUUGAGCAAAUUAUUGUGUUAUGGUUGGUGAGAUGUGGUAAUAAGAAUUUCUAUCCUGAAUAUAAAAUCCCAAACAGCGAUUUUGAUUCUGUGCUCCCUAGUUAUAUUUUUGACUUGUUUUUAUGGUUUAAAAUCCAUAAGUUCAGAGAAACAGAGUUUGCACAAGCAGAAAUAGCUCAUUUCCAGAAUCUUCAUGAUGCCUAUUUCCCAACUUUUGCGGAAGAGUGUCCAGAGAUUUUCGGAGUCGGGUCUUGGAAAGCGAUUGAUCUCGUGAUUGCUAAUAGAAUUUUGGAUCUCAUUCGUUAUACUAGAGUUGGUAAAGAGGACAUAUAUUUGCUCGAAAACUCUUUUGUUUGA